GGAACGCACCUGGCAGCUGAGGAGCGCGGCCGUUCCUAUCGGCGCCUGAGCUGCGCGCGCAGCCGUGAAGCGUCCGCGCGGGGGCGGACCCUUAAAGGGGCCGCAGCGGAGGAGCCGGGAGUCCGCGGAGAACUUGGGUUUUCCAGGAUUGGGGGCGGGCGAGGAUCGUACGGUUGCUCCUACUCUCCCUCAAUAACGCUGCCCCGGGUAGUGACGGGUGCCAGGCCCCAGAAAACCAGGCCGAGUCGAGACUCGGCCAGAGUACAGCCUCCCUGGGAACCAAGUCUGCGGGCCAGCCCCGAGAUCGAUCCCGGGUUUAAGCGCGCCUUCGUGUCUGCAGCUCGCGGCGCUAUGGCUCACGUCGGCUCCUGCAAGCGCUCUAGGAGUCGCAGCCGUUCCCGGGGGCGAGGGUCGGAAAAGAAAAGGAAGAAGAGCAGUAAGGACGCCCGGAGGAGCUGCUCGGCUUCGAGAUCCCAAAGCCGCAAGGCCAGCACCACCUCCUCUGGGGCGGAGGCCUCACCUUCUCCCUGCAUCACAGAGAGAAGCAAGCACAAGGCCCGGAGGAGACCACGAUCCAGCUCCUCCUCCUCUUCUUCCAGUUCUUCUAGCUCCUCUUCCUCUUCGUCCUCCUCCUCUUCCUCCAGCGAUGGCCGGAAGAAGCGGGGGAAGCACAAGGACAAGAAGAGGAAGAAGAAGAAGAAAAGGAAGAAGAAGCUGAAGAAGAGAGGCAAGGAGAAGGCCAAAAUGCAGCAGACCGAGGCUCUGCCCGGACCCUCGCUGGACCAGUGGCACAGAGCGGCCAAGGAGGAAGAGGAUGGCCCAGUCCUGACGGACGAGCAGAAGUCCCGCAUCCAGGCCAUGAAGCCCAUGACCAAGGAGGAGUGGGAUGCCCGGCAGAGCGUCAUCCGCAAGGUGGUGGAUCCGGAGACAGGACGCACCAGGCUCAUUAAGGGAGACGGCGAGGUCUUAGAGGAAAUCGUCACCAAGGAACGACACAGAGAGAUCAACAAGCAAGCCACCCGAGGGGACGGCCUGGCCUUCCAGAUGCGAGCAGGGCUCCUGCCCUGAGCAUCCCCCCCCCACCCCCCGGCCAAGGCCUGCUACACACAGUGUUGGCACGACCUGGAGGCUGGCCUCAGGGUGGGCAGCGGGGAUCCUGCUGCGUGUUCUUUCUCCUGCAGACUAGCCUCUGGCCCAGCCUCCUCUCCAAUGCAGGGAGUGGAGGUCGGGGUCACUGGCCAAGUCAGCUCCCCCAUCUCCCGAAAGAGCGCACCUUCCCAGAUAUUAAAUGUUCCCUGGCUGGAGACGUC